CCUUGUUCAUAAUGUUGUGUAUCACCUGCUUGAUAACGGUGUUAGCAUCUACACCGAAACGUCGCAUCCACUGCAAUAGUCUUUCUUUAAAACAUCUUACCUGUUCAUCAUACCAGCUUCUGUAUGCCACUCGAGGAAAUCAAUUUUAAAUGUUGUGAGUAUUUAUGUCACUUAUGCUUCUCUUCAACACUGAUUUCAAGUCAACCCGUAUUCUAUUUUUUUAUUACUUACCCAUGUAAACUUAGGAUAGUAAUACAGGGGUGCAAUACGGAUGACGUGGUCAAAUUCCCUAUUGCACUCCAGAUUCCGUAUUGAACCCCUGCCGGUUCUACUUUCUCCAAAGCUCGGCACUUUCCGGGAUUUUCCGCAUCCACUAAAUUUACACCUAAUAUGUAGGUCAUGGGUUUCCCAGCUAACGAGAGGUGUGCCAAUUGAAUAUAAUAAUAUGAUUUUUAAGUUGUAUACGAUUAAUUUAGAAAAUAUGAAAAUAAUGUACUUAUUGUUACAUUAAAAGAUUGAAAGAAAAAAAUGUGCUUUUUUUUUUCACGUGACAUACAUCGUCUGCUUGUUGUCAAAAUGUCGGCAACAAUGACAUCGAUGGUACCAUCGAUCGAGACUUAUUUGGCAUGUUAUUCGACGAGAAUUUUGGUACGUUUGAACUGGAAUACUCUAUGAUUACUUUGGAAUCAUCACCAGUGCCUCUCGUAACAAAGAACAUCAAAGAUUUCAAGGCAUACAUCGAGACCAAGAAAAGUGUCACCACGGUACAGAAAACAAACAGUCUUGUUUCUAAAUUCAACCAUUUUUUAUUGGAAAACAAUGUGAAACAAGACAUGCUGACCCUCCCUCCUCCAGAACUUGAUGUUCUUAUUGGAUCCUACAUUCUUUCUCUGGAGAAGGACAAUGGUGAACCCUACGAACCUGACACAUUAACCUCCUACCAUCGCGCCAUUGAUCGCCACCUUCCUGACAACGAUGACCCCUCUAACAUUGUGCAAGAUGUGGAAUUCCGUACAAGUAGAAAAGUUCUUGAAGCCAUAAGGAAAGAACUAAAACAAACAGUUCUUUAGGUUUGUCAGCGCCCAACCAUUUUGCUGGUCCUUCCCCUUUGGUACGAAGUGUAGAUAUCGCACAAGAUCA